UUUUGUCAGUUCCCGACCGUCAUUCGUGACAUUCGUGUGUGUUUGUGUGUGCGUGUGACGGGGGAAUCAAGUGAAGAUGGCGUAUUUGGGAAAGGUGGUCAGUUUUCGAUAAAUCGGACAGAUCCUAUCUUUAUAUUGUGAUUAUACAGUGAAAAAAGUGUUUUCAAUGUCGUACCGCAGGCGUAUCUCGAUGAAGAUGCCCGAUUACGAGGACGAGGUGACGGUGGUGGAUGUGUACGACUUGGCCGCGGACAUCGGGAAGGAAUGUGAAAUAAUAAUCGAGAGAUACGGCGCUGACGCCGUCACAGCGCUGCUGCCGAAGGUGAUCAAUGCGCUGGAGCUACUGGAGAACCUCGCCGUGCGCACGGAGAAGGAGAACCAAGCACUACAGGAGCUGACGGCCAAGAUAUCGCAGCUGGAAAAUGACAAGAUUGAGAAGGCAGAAUACAGACAACGCUUCGAAAAGGAAAUCGAGGCGAUCGAGGAGCAAUGGCGGAACGAGUCGGCGGACCUGGUGACGGCCGUGUCGCGCCUGCAGGACGAGAACAAGCGUCUGCGCCGCACGCUCAACGCGCCCAGCGACGGCAGCAGCGCGCCGCCGUCGCCAGCGCGCGAGCAGGACCAGGAGGUGUUGUCCCGACUCAGCAGCACGGCGGAGAAGCAGCGCUCCACCCUGCGCCACCAGGAGCUGCAGCUGCAGGAGAAGCAACAGCUCAUUGACAGCCUGAGCGGACAGGUGGAAAAGCUGGCACAGGUGUCGCGCGAUCUCAGGAGGAAACAGAAGCAGAUGCAGAAUCAGCUCCGCCUAGUGUGCGAGGAGCGCACAGAGCUCGGCGCCAUAGUGCAGUCGCAGCAGCGGGACAUCGCCGCGCUGCAGCAGAACUCCGCACAGAACCAGAAGUGCGCCUCCUGCGGCGCGGGCUCGCCGGACAGCUGCGACGACGAGGACCAGUCGUCGCGGCCCACAUUCAGCGUGCGCGAGCUGCGAGCCAUCCUGCACGAGCGCAACGAGCUCAAGCUCAAGCUUAGCCGCGCCGAGGAGCAGCUGGACGCGCUCCGGGUGGAGCAGCCGCCUGACAGCGAGUCAGACACGAGUCCGUCUCUGAGCAGCACGCUGACCAACGAGGAGGAGGAGGCGCCAGUGCAGGGCCCGCUGCCGUGCGAGCCCGACGACGCGCCCUGGAAGAAGAACGGCGGCAUACGCAAGUUUUUUCGCAAGCUCUUUGCAGAGUCUGACAUUGCCGUGGGGUCAUUCCCCCGACGCUCCCUGUCCACCUUCGCAACCAAGAUGGCCGCCACCGGUAACGCCCCCAACGCCCCCGCGUAGACUGUCCCUGCCAAUCACCCGCCUCGAGCCAACACCGCCGACCAAUCAGGACUUGCGGCAAGAACUGCUCAGCUUAGAUCUCAACCAAUCGGAGGUGAGCACGUGGCUAGGCAGCCGGUACGAACCAAUAGUAAAACAAACAUGUGAC